CAUGAUCCUGCAGCUUGUCAUCACAAAUGGUGCUUUAUGUUCCUUCUAAAGAACUGAGAUUAUUCAGUUGAACAGAUUCUCUUUUACAAAAGGAAGCAACAGGAGCCAUCGAGUCGACGCUCCGUCAUUGUUUCUAUCUGCCAUGAGAAGGUGUCAGCUGAGGAAGCAAGUGAGGAAGUGGCCCAGCAUCUGUCUGUCUGUCUCUCUCAAGACAUCCCAGCAUAUGCACAUAUGCGUUACAGAAUAGAUUCUGUAAGAUGUAACAUAACCAAGAGUAAUUAUAAAAUUGAGUUACUUAUAGAAAUACUUUUCAUACUUUACAUCACCUGGUUCAUACCGCUGCUUGGUUGCAUCCCCGUGAGAGGAUUGUUGGGCGAGGAAGGAAUUCUUUUCUGCCUCUUGUUUUUAUUUUUGACGUGACAGUUUUGCUCUCUAAGGUGUAAAUCGCUACAUUUCAAAGGUGCUGACUGGCAUAUUUUGUCACUCGUGGACUGGUCCCGUUCUGGAGCCAUGUAGAAGAACUGGCCAGGCUCAGUCUGAAGGAUAUCAAACCUGCACCACAUAUAAAGCUGACAUAUGAUCCUCUAAUUUCUUAUUUUGUUAAACUGGUGAGAUGAGGGACCGACUGUGCGAGCUGCAGUAUUUCACCCCCGACCCUGCGGUGGCGGAGGAGCGCAGGCCUGAGGAGAACCACAACCGGUACCCCGGGGAAGAGGAGCCCCUGGAGCAGCAUGCCAUCGUGUUUGAGGGAGAAGACCUGAUGGACGGCAUCUACAGGGAGGCGCAGGCGAUGAGGAAGGAGAUGCUGCUGCUCAAAAUGGACGUGAAGCGCCUCGGCAAGCAGAACACCAGGUUCCUCAUGUCCGUCAGCAGGAUCAGCAGCAUCAAGCGGGACUCCAAGGCCCUGGGGCGGGACAUCAAGGCCAGAGGGGAGGCCAUUUACGCACGGCUGGAGAAGCUGGGGAGGCUGAGCAGGCACCUGGAGCAGGAGCACGGCUCUACCUCGGCUGUCGCCCGCAUGGUGCGCUCGCAGUUGGUGUCCCUGACCAACGGCUUCCACGGCGCCAUGUCCGAGUACAACGACGCCGAGAUGGUGCAGAGGGAGAACUGCAAGACGCGCAUCCAGAGGCAGGCGGAGAUCAUGGGCAAGGAGGUGAGCCGCGAGCAGAUCGACGAGAUGAUCGAGACGGGCAAGUGGAACGUCUUCUCGGACAACCUGCUCCUGGAGGGGAGGACUGCCCGGUCGGCGCUCAGCGAGAUCGAGAACCGGCACAAGGAGCUGCUGGAGCUGGAGAGCCGCAUCAGGGACAUUCACGAGCUCUUCUUCCAGAUGGCCAUGCUGGUGGAGGAGCAGGGCUGCAUGGUCAACAACAUCGAGGCCAACGUCUGUGCCACGGAGGACUACGUGGCCAAGGCUGCGACUCAGGUCAAGAAGGCCGCGAAGUACAAGAGAAACAAUCCGUGCAAGAAAAUCUUCUGCUGUUGCUUCCCCUGCUGCAAUUGAGACGGCAUUCCGUUCUCUUUUUCUCCGUAGUUUCUUUAAAGUAUUGAUCAAAAUCAUCCUCUCUAAUAUUCUGUUCAUUUAACCCCCAACGAAACGGUGACAGCAGUGCAGUGCCCUGCAGUCAUUCUCUUCACCGAAGCGGUUUCAAAACCCCGCGUUCAUACGCAAACGGUGUUUAGUGAAAUGUUGUGUCACAUGACUGAGAACAGCCUUUGCAUGUUUACUGUAGAGACGUCUGAGCUAUUAUUGUACUGCGCAGCUCUCAGCCGUCUUUCCCAUUCAACCUUCACCUUUGUAAGUCGCUGUGUAAGAUAUUGAAGUGCUGUAAAGUGCAAUUUUUGCUCGUGAAUAAAUGCCCCUAGUCGACAGCCGAGCUUGAAAA